AUGGUAUUCCAUGAAAAUAUCAAUGCGGAGGGACUUAUAGAUGAUUUCGUGCCAAGUAGUGACUCCAAGGAUAGCCGACCCUUUUAUCUGAGAGAAUCAUUUCCUUGGACGGCUGAUUAUGCUAAUAAACGAAAUUAUGUCAAAGAGCUUCUUCAUAUCUGUAAUCAAUCGCAAAUCCAACGUUGGAGAAAAAUCAAGAAAAUGCUCGAUGUAUCGAAAGCGAAGAAAAUUGCAGAGGGAGUAUAUUCCGAGAUCUUUGUUGCUCAGUAUAAAAUGGAGACGUUGAUUCCUAUUGGUGAUAAUAAACCGAUCAAUAGACGCCGUACAAACUCGUUCCGCGAGGGAACUGCAAAACUGGUCGUUCUGAAGGAACUUACGAAUCUCAGCCAAGUCGAACAGGGAUACUCUACGGAAGGGUUUGUUCAGCUGAAGGGAGCGUUGGUUGUGAAAGGACGUUAUCCAUCGAUGAUGAUUAAUGCGUGGAAACAGUAUAAAGGAAAGAAGAAAUCCAAUAAAGCCAAUCCGGCUCUUUUUUCUGCCAACCAAAACUUUCUGCUCCUUUCCGUCGAGAAUGGCGGAAUUAGCCUAAAAGAAUAUGAAAUCACCACUGUGCUUCAAGCAUAUAGCAUCGUCUACCAGUUGUUCAUGGCCACUGCUGUUGCAGAAUUUCGACUUUCAUUUGAACAUCGUGACCUGAACUGCGAGAAGAUUUUGAUUACUGGCACUGACUGGCAUGAUAUGAUUAGAAGCAAGUUUGACGGUUCUGAUGUCUACUUAUACACACACGGUGCCAGAGUCAAAAUUAUAAAUUCUUCUUUUUGCAGAAUGACGAAAGAUGUAUCCUCGAUAUAUUUCGAUUGGACAUCGAAUGAAGAAUUUUUCAUGGGUGAAGGUGAUCUGAAACAUAUUGCCUUUCAAACAAUGCGAAAAAUAAACAGAAACAAUUGGCGACCUUUUCGGCCUGUGACAAACGUUCUCUGGCUGGCAUAUAUCAUUGAUUUCAUCCAUGAUCGACUGGAAGAACUGCAUGUUGGCAGCCCGGAAGACCAUGCUAUAUUUUUUUUUCAUUUCAAAUGUCUCUAUCGUUAUGCUAGUGCAUGGAAAUGGAUUCGCGAUCACAUUGCUAACAAUCACAUGAAGAAGGAAGUCAUUGCAAAGGCAGAGUAG